ACACAGGCAUAGGAGGAAACAUGUCAUGAGAGGUGAUGACACAGCCACAGAGACAUACUCACAUCCUCACUGCCUCCUGGGAUUUCUCCUCGCUGCUGUUUUAGCCGCCACCGUCAACCUUCCUGCAUCCCACAGAGAAGAGAGAGAGGAGAGAGAGAGCGUGAGAUAGAGCAAAAGAGAGCUGCCAGUCUCCCUCUACAGCUCUCCAUCUUCCCGUCUUUUUCACUUUGUUUUUGGAUGAUGGGAUUUUAAUCAUGUGGAAGAUAUCCGAGCGGCUCUUCUGGAUUUUGAUGACGCUGCACCCAGUCCCGCCUGGCCUCUUCUGAGCAGGAUGGACACUCUGGAGUCAGAGCUGACCUGUCCAAUCUGCCUGGAGCUCUUUGAAGAUCCGCUGCUGCUCCCUUGUGCCCACAGCCUGUGCUUCGGCUGUGCCCACCGCAUCCUUGUCUCCCACUGCGCCACCAACGAGUCUGUCCAGAGCAUUGGCGCUUUUCAGUGCCCCACUUGUAGGUAUGUCAUUUCCCUGAGUCCGGAGCGUGGAUUAGAAGGACUCAAGAGAAACGUGACCUUGCAGAACAUUAUCGAUAGAGUUCAACGGGCCUCAUCCUCGGCUGGCCUCCCACUGCCGUUGGCCGGUCCCCACAGUGGGCCCAACUCUCCCAUUGAGGAAGGGAGCAACCGGCUGGCUCUGGUUCCCGUCAGUGCCGCCAUGUCCAGCCCAGAAACGCCACCAGAACCAGUCCAAUGCCAGUUCUGCGAGCAGGACCCACCCCAGGAUGCCGUCAAGACGUGCGUGACAUGCGAAGUGUCGUACUGCGAGGAGUGCCUCAGGGCAACUCACCCGAACAAGAAACCAUUCACCGGUCACCGGCUCAUUGAGCCAAUGCCUGAUUCUCACCUUAGAGGGCUCCAGUGCCUGGAGCACGAGGAGGAGAAGGUGAACAUGUACUGCGUCACUGACGACCAGUUGAUCUGCUCAUUGUGCAAACUGGUUGGGAGGCACAGGGAUCAUCAAGUGGCAGCCCUGAGCGACCGCUAUGAAAAAUUAAAGCAAGCACUUGAUUCCAACCUGAGCAACUUGAUCAAGAGGAACAAUGAGCUAGAGUCGCUUAUGGGGAAGCUGAUCCAGACUUGUCAGCAUGUCGAGGUAAAUGCAUCACGCCAGGAGGGCAAGCUCCUGGAGGAGUGCGACGUCCUGAUUGACAUCAUCCAGCAGAGGCGGCAGAUCAUUGGCAGCAAGAUUAAAGAGGGGAAGGCUCAAAGGCUUCGGAAGCUGGCCCAGCAGAUUUCCAACUGCAAGCAGUGCAUCGAGAGAUCCUCUGCCCUCAUCACACAGGCCGAUCAGACACUGAAGGAAACGGAUCACGCUCGCUUCCUGCAGACGGCCAAGAGCAUCAAUGAAAGGGUUUCCAUGGCAACGGCAUCAACCCAGGUACUGAUACCAGAGAUCCACCUGACAGACACGUUUGACAUGUUUGCUCUGGAUUUUACCAGAGAGAAGAAGUUGCUGGAGAAUCUGGAUUACCUCACAGCUCCAAGCGCUCCAUGCAUAAGGGAAGAGUUGUGCACAGCUUCCUAUGACACAAUCAGUGUCCACUGGACAUCUGAUGAUGAAUUCACAGUUGUGUCCUAUGAGCUGCAGUACGCCAUCUUCACUGGACAGUCCAACAUCGCCAGUCUAUGUGACUCAUUAGAAAGUUGGAUGAUUGUUCCAAACAUCAAGCAAAACCACUACACAGUGCAUGGUUUGCAGAGCGGCACCAAGUACAUUUUUGUUGUCAAGGCCAUUAAUCAAGCAGGAAGCAGAAGCAGUGAGCCGGGGACUCUAAAAACCAACAGCCAGCCAUUCAAACUGGAUCCAAAAUCUGCUCACAAGAAGCUCAAGGUUUCCCAUGAUAACCUCACAGUGGAGCGGGAUGAAACCACGUCCAAGAAAGGCCACAGUCAGGAUCGGUUCUCCAGCCAGAGCAGCUACGGCGUGGUAGGAAAUGUCUACAUCGACAGUGGGCGUCACUAUUGGGAAGCUCUAAUUGGAGGGAGUACAUGGUACGCUAUAGGCAUUGCCUACAAGUCCGCCCCCAAGCAUGAGUGGAUUGGCAAGAACUCGGCUUCUUGGGUCCUCUGCCGCUGCAACAACUCCUGGGUGGUUCGUCACAACAGCAAGGAGCUGGCCAUCGAACCCUCACCCCAACUGCGGCGGGUCGGGGUCUUGCUGGAUUACGAUGCCGGAUAUGUGGCUUUUUAUGACGCCGUCGGUUCCCAACACUUACACACCUUUCACGUCUCCUUCAUCCAACCUGUGUGUCCGGUGUUUAAUGUAUGGAAUAAAUGUCUGACGAUACUCACUGGUCUCCCUAUACCCGACCAUCUAGAGGGACUAGAACCUGGUAACUAAAUGGUACAAAAACAUAAUGAAAACUCAAAGAAAGUCACUACCUUCUAGCUGCACUGGACAACACUUAUUCAAACUAUGCUUUCUGGGUAGAGAGCCAAAGAGUGAGUUAUCCUCUUCUGCUACAAUUAGCCACGUUAAAUUCUGGUCAUGGACGAUUAUGCAUCCAGAGGUAGGGACGAAACAGAAAAAUAUAAACUGUCUUUUCUGAUCUCAACCAUAAAACAUGCUUAAAAAAAAACAACAACAAGUAAACAUGUCUGUGUUUGAUCUAUUUUUCAAGCCUAUCUGGGUCGUCACAGAAUGUUUGUUUCCUGGUAUGCCACUAAAACUAGUCAGCAUAUGUUCACAGUUACCCAGUGCAGCAGCAGUGCCUUGAAAAAGUACAUACACUCCUUAAUUUCUUUAAUAAUGAGACAGUUAUAGUGAGGUUUUUUUUAAAGAUCAACUUAAAUUAAACACUGUUUGCCAUUUACUAGUUAGGUGACUUCUGAAAGCAAUUGGUUGUGUUUGAUUUUAUUUAGUUGCGCAAGUCCUAAUGAGACGAAUACAACUGCAUGCCACACUUUUUAGAUUCACAUUCAAAUUUUGCAUCUUCUUUAUUGCACAGUGCAGUCAUGUGCUAUGUUGUAUUGGUCCAUCAUUUAAAAUUUGAAAUACACUAAAAAUUGGGGGUGUAAACAUGAAAAGAUUAGAGGGAUGUAGAAACUUUAGCAAGGCACUGCGUAGAGGUGUUAGUUUCAAGCUUUCCUAGAAUAUGUUUAAAUAUGUUCCUAAUAUGAAGACGCUUGUUUUCCUGAAUUCUUACAGCUCUGCAAAAAACAGAGGAUGGAGAUCAUAUUCUUUGUGUUUUGACAGAGAUAUUUGAACUAUUGCAAAAAGGAAAAAAAGCCACAACUUAAUUUUUAGUUUUUUUUUUGUUGUUUAUUAUUUUUUAUAGCUCAUCUCAAUGAAAAUAGCACUUUGAAAUUUCCAUAAAGUACGCAAAACAUACAAGUAUAUUUACUUUUUAAUUCGCCUUGGUUGCUGUGAAAUCCAGAACAUGUAUAUUUUGUACACUUAUUGUAUCCCACAAAGCCCUUUUUAUUUUUUCUCAGUUCAUUUAGCAAGGAACCAAAGUAGCCAUGGCUGUUCAGAUAAAUUUUAUUCUAUGAAAAAGUUUGAGAUAUUUUUAAAAAAAUUAAAAGAUAAAUGGAAAAUAUUGAUUGCUGUAUUCCCGAUAGACUUUUUUUGCACAUUGUUUACACUUUAUUCAUGGUUUGUAGCCUAAAAUGCUCAUCUUUUUGUGCAAUUUAUAUGCAUUCAUACUGGUGAGAUGUGUUCUGUCUGACCUAAUGUGUUAAUUUUGUUUUGUGAUCCUGAGUUUAUGUGUUGUAUAAUAGGCAAAUUGUCAAACAGUUGUAUUCCCCCAGGAUAUUAUUACAUACAAACGUAAAAAUGCACAUUGCCGUAUCGAUUUCUGGUAACUGAAACAAAUUUUUGACAUUUUCCACAUGAAUUUUACCGUUAAUAAUAACGGUAAAGAGUUUCCUCUGCAAUGCAAAUGUAAAAAAAAUGAAGAAAAAAGUUAUCUAUUUCUCAAUAAGAUCAGGUUUUGUACACAAUACAAUUUACCAUUAACCAUAUGAAGAACAACUGAGGUUUUUGGGACAUCUCUUUGGUAAUCCACUGAGUAAAUAGAUUAUCAUGUCAUCCCAUCAUCUAAUUAAAGCAUAGUGCUUUGUUUAAUGUGUCCUUUAAACUUUUUAAAAAUGGUGAUCUAUGUUCAGUCUAUGUGAACACUUGUGAAAAUCGGGUGCAACACUGUUUCCUGGGAUAAUAGACAACGGGAAAUAAACGUUUUUUUGUUUUCA